AAAAAAAAAAAAAAAAAGACCCAGGAAAUGCUACGAGCUCAACUUCACUUCUCCAGAGGAAGAGAAAAGCCUUAAGCAAAGCUCAGGACCAGUAAGUCUGCAGAGAACGCUACUCACCGACAUUUCUGGACAGGUUGCCAACUUGGAGAUCCAUCAUUGUCUCAGUCCCAUCGCUCCCUAAGGUAGAGCUGGGCCCUGUUCCUGGAAAGGCGUUUGUGGGAGUUAACAUGGAGGCUGGAGGGGAGCGCUUUCCUAAACAAAGGCAAGUCCUGAUUCUCUUUAUCUUGCUGGGAGUGGCUUUUGCAGGCUGGGAAUCCCGUCGCUAUUCCGUGAUGGAGGAAACAAUGAGCGGAACGUUGGUGGCCAACCUGGCCAAGGACCUGGGGCUGGGAGUGGGGGAACUAGCUGCGCGGGAAGCCCGGGUGGUCUCUGAGGAUAACGAACCCCGGGUGCAGCUUGAUCUGCAGACUGGGGAGUUGAUAUUAAAUGAGAAACUGGACCGGGAGGAGAUGUGCGGCCCCACAGAUCCAUGUGUAAUGCGUUUCCAAGUGUUACUGAAAAAACCAUUGGGAGUAUUUCGAGCUGAGCUAGUGGUGAGAGACAUAAAUGAUCAUUCUCCUGAGUUCCCUGAAAGAGAAAUGACGCUGAAAAUCCUAGAGACCAGCCCUCCUGGGACCGUGUUUCCUCUGAAAACAGCUCAGGAUUUGGACGUGGGCAACAACAACAUCCAAAACUAUAAUAUUAGUCCCAACUCUCAUUUCCACGUUUCCACCCGCAGCUGGGGGGACGGCAGGAAAUACCCAGAACUGGUGCUGUACAAAGAGUUGGAUCGCGAGGAGCAGGCCGAGCUCAGAUUAACCCUCACAGCGCUGGAUGGCGGCUCUCCGCCCAGGUCUGGUACCACCCAGGUCCGCAUCUUGGUCUUGGACGUCAAUGACAAUGCCCCUGAGUUUGCACAGACGCACUACCAGGUGCAGGUCCCAGAAAACAGCCCUGUAGGCGCCCUAAUUGUCAAGGUCUCAGCUAGAGAUUUAGACACAGGGACAAGUGGAGAGAUAUCGUAUUCCUUUUUUUAUAGUUCUCAAGAGAUAAGCACAACUUUUGAGCUAAGCAGCAUUUCGGGAGAAGUUCGACUAAUUAAAAAACUAGAUUUUGAAACAAUAUCCUCAUAUGAACUGUAUAUAGAUGCAUCUGAUGGUGGGGGACUAUCUGGAAAGUGUUCUGUCUCCAUUGAGGUACUAGAUGUUAACGACAACUCCCCAGAAUUAAUUAUUUCAUCACUUACCAGCCCCAUUCCUGAAAAUUCCCCUGAGACAGAAGUGGCCCUGUUUAGGAUUCGAGACCGAGACUCAGGGGACAAUGGAAGGAUGACUUGUUCCAUCCAGGAUGAGCUCCCCUUCCUCCUGAAACCAUCUGCAGAGAAUUUCUAUACCCUGGUAACAAAUGGGGAGCUGGACAGAGAGAUCAAAGCCGAAUAUAAUAUCACCAUCACCGUCACAGAUCUGGGGACACCAAGGCUGAAGACUGAGCACAACAUAACCGUGCUGGUGUCUGACGUCAACGACAACGCCCCCGCCUUCACCCAGGCCUCCUACACCCUGCGGGUCCGCGAGAACAACAGCCCCGCCCUGCACAUCGGCACCGUCAGCGCCACAGACACAGACGCCGGCGCCAACGCCCAGGUCACCUACUCGCUGCUGCCGCCCGCCGACCCGCACGUGCCCCUGGCCUCCCUCGUGUCCAUCAACGCCGACAACGGCCACCUGUUCGCCCUGCGGUCCCUGGACUACGAGGCCCUGCGCGCCUUCGAGUUCCGCGUGGGCGCCGCCGACCGCGGCUCGCCGCCGCUGAGCAGCCAGGCGCUGGUGCGCGUGCUCGUGGAGGACGACAACGACAACGCGCCCUUCGUGCUGUACCCGCUGCAGAACACCUCGGCGCCCUGCACCGAGCUGCUGCCCAGGGCGGCCGAGCCGGGCUACCUGGUGACCAAGGUGGUGGCGGUGGACGGCGACGCGGGCCAGAACGCCUGGCUGUCGUACCAGCUGCUCAAGGCCACGGAGCCCGGGCUGUUCGGCGUGUGGGCGCACAACGGCGAGGUGCGCACGGCCAGGCCGCUGAGCGAGCGCGACGCGGCCAGGCACAGGCUGCUGGUGCUGGUCAAGGACAAUGGCGAGCCGCCGCUGUCGGCCAGCGUCACGCUGCACGUGCUGCUGGUGGACGGCUUCUCGCAGCCCCACCUGCCGCCCCCGGAAGCGGAAGCGGAAGCGGAGGCGGCGGCCGCGGCGCCGGCCGACCCGCUCACCGUCUACCUGGUGGUGGCCUUGGCGUCCGUGUCGUCGCUCUUCCUCUUCUCGGUGCUGGUGUUCGUGGCGGUGCGGCUGUGCGGGCGGGGCGGGGCUGCGCGGGCGGGUCGCUGCUCGGUGCCCGAGGGCCCCUUCCCGGGCCACCUGGUGGACGUCAGCGGCACCGGCACCCUGUCCCACAGCUACCAGUACGAGGUGUGUCUGACGGGAGAUUCCGGGAGUAAUGAGUUCAAAUUCUUGAAGCCUGUCUUACCCAAUAUUCUAGGUCAGGACGUUGGGAGGAAGCUGGACGUAAAGCCAACUUUCCAGAGUAGUUUAGGUAUAUGAAACUUCCCCACUGUAUACAUUAGCUUUGUCUCCUUCACCUUUCCCUUUCUUUUUUUCAGCCUGUAGUAAUCUUUAAUUCUUAUUUUCGUUCUUCUCUAGUAUUUUCCUUAGUAAAGUUACUCAUUGUUUUGUUGGCCUUGUUGCUGUGUAAUUUUUUUCCAAUUAUUGUGUUAGUAAAAAAUUUUACAUCAGGAAAUUUCGUAUUCCUGAUUAAGGUUUAGUACUCAUUCCUAAAGGAUAACAUGAAAGUUAACCUCUCAGUAUAAACAUAAUUUUACUUUUAAAAGUAAUUUCUCACUAUAUGACACCACCUAAUAAUGUCUGAUUCCUUGUUAGUUUUUAUUAUCUACGCAGCUAUGACUUUUCUAUAACCUCUUUUCUCUUUGGGGGUGGAAUCAAUUUAUGUUUACCUAUAUCCAGUUUCUUCUAAGCUUUGUUUGGAUUUUUGUUUUACUGUUAGGCAGCAACAUGUAUAAUUCUGUGCUGCUUAUUUCAAAAUUAAGCUUGUAAAUCAUUAGACUUUUGCUCUAAAAUACAUAUGCCAUCUCAUGAAAAUAUAACUGUCAUCUGUUCUUUCUUAUCUAAGUUAAUGUUGAAAAGACUUAUGGGUUCUUCCUUAUAUCGUAACUUAUGAAGUUAUGAUCCUGUUAAGAGUUCUAGACAGAUUUAAUGAUACUCAGAUUGACUGUGUCUAAGGUGUUUUUAUAUACUCUAAAGGACCAAGUAAUAUGUUGCCUGCAAUGUCCCUUGCUAUAUUGCAGAUAGAUUCUCAAGCAGGUUCCAAAUUCUGGGCCUAGAGGAGCUUUUGAUGACACAGCAUGCCAAUCUAUUUGCCUAUGGGUGACAUUGUUCUGGUUGAUAACGAAUUUGAAAGAAAAUACAUUGUAGAAUUAAUACUAACUAAAGAAAACUUAUUAAAGGAUAUGUUGGUGAAGGGAUUGAAUACUUGAAGAAGUAAUCAGCUCUGUUGUCUGGACUCGUCUAUCUCCAGGAGCCUCAUAACUUUGCGGAUACUAUAGAAUGCUGUGGUAGGCAGAGCAAUUGCCCCCUAAAGACAUCAGCAUCCUAAUCUCUGGAACCUGUGAAUAUGCCAUGUUGUAUUGCAAAUGGGAGUUAAGGUUCAGAGGAAUUAAGGUUGCUAAUCAGCUAGUCUUAAACUAGAGAGAAUAUCGUAGGUGAUCCGGGUGGGCCUUGUUGAAAGGCCUUAAAAACGGAACUGACUCUUCCCUGAGAUGAAUAAAUUCCAACUAUGGGCAGCAGCUUCGGCUCAUGCCUCAGACUUCCAGUUGGCCCUUUCUAAUUGCCUGCUCUACAGAUUUCGGACUUAGCCAGCCAGCUCCCACAACCUUGUAAGUCACUUUCUUGCAAUAAAUCUCUUCAUAUAUUUAUCUCCUGCUGACUGAUUGAACCCUGACUGAUACAGAUUUUGGUACCUGGAAUUGGAGUGCUUCUGUAACAAAUAACUAAAAAUGUCAAAAUUGCUCUGAAAGUGGGUAGUAGGCAUAGACUGGAAGAAUUCUGAAGAGCAUGUUACAAAAAGCAUUGAUUGCUUUGGACCCACAGUUGAAAUACAGAUGUUAGCAACUCUCUAGUGAAGACUCAGAAGGAAGUAAGGAGCAUGGUAGAGAAAAUAUAUUGCCUUAUAGAAUACCUGAAUCAAAGCGUAAAGAGACUUAGCAGAAAAAUGGAUGUUAAAGUCACUGCUGAUGAGGGCUCCGAAAGAAAUGAGGAAAAUGUUAUUAGAAACUGAAGGAAAGGGAAUCUUUGCUAUAUAAUGGUAGAAAAUUUAGCUGAAUUGUGUCCUGCAGGGGAAAUAAGGGGUGGGGAAGGACUUGUAAACAAUGAACUUGGAUAUUUAGCUGAGGAGAUUUCCAGGCAUGGGUUGAAGUGCAGCCUGGUUUCUUGCUGCCUAUAGUAGAAUGUGAAAGGAAUGAGAUAGACUGUUAAGCAAGAAGGAACCAGAAUAUGAUGAUUUGAGAAAUUCUAAGCUUAAUUAGGUUAUAAAAGAUGCUAAAAUUAGGAGAUUUACUAUUAGGAAAGCAUAUUCUUUUUCUUGAGAAAAAGCCAAGGGUGUCUCAGGUGUACACCAUUUGUAUUAGGCAUACACACUGAGUAGUUGAUACUGUAAUGAGAUGAGAUCUUUGGGAUUUUAUAUAUAUAUAAUAUAUAUAUAAUAUAUAAUAUAUAAUUAUAUUAUAAAAUAAUAUAUAUAAGUAGCAGGGCCAUAUAUAUACUAUAUAUAAAAUGUGGAAUGGAUGUGGAUCUUUGGGGACCAUAGAGUGGACUGUGAUAGGGAAAAUAAUAGCCCCAUAAAGUAUGUCCUAAUCUCUGGACCUGUGAAUAUCUUAUAGUAUGUGACAAAGGGGAAUUAAAGUUGCAGAUGGAAUUAAGGUUGAUAAUUAGCUGAUUUAAGAUAAGAUUACCCUAGAUUAUCCAGGUGGGUCCAGUGUAAUUGCAAGAGUCUUUAAUAAGAAGUAGAAGUGGGAAGCAGAAAAGAGUCAGUGUGGGAGUGAUGUUAAAGACUGAACCAGCCAUUACUGAGUCUGAAGAUGGAAGGGAGCCACAAGUGAGGGAAAGCAGGCAGCCUCCAGAAGCUACAAAAGGCAAGAAAAUGUAUUCUUUCUUAAAGCCUCCAGAAAGGAAUGUAGCUCUACCUUAACUUUAGCCCAGUUUAACUUUUGACCUCCAGAACAGUAAGAUAAUAAAUUUGUGUUUUUAAGCCACUAAGUUUGUAGUAAUUUGUUACAGCAGCAAUAGGACAUGAAUACAAAUGACUAUCAACAAAACCAUCUCCUGACCAGUUUUUCUUUGCCUUCCCCUACACUAGGCCAAAAUAUUCAUAAUCCUGUAGCCCCUUGCAGGUAGGAAUGUCAUAUGACUCUGUUAUUGCUAGUGAUGUGAAAGUGCAGACAGGAACUGGGCUUAAGGGAAAUAUUUUUGGAAGGGCUAGUCUGGGGUAGCAUGUUCCUUAGGACUUUUGCCCAUUUUUCUUUUUCUUAAUUGGCAUGGAUAUUGCAAGUAAGCCUAGAAUUGAAGCAGCCAACUUGCAACCAUGAGAUGAAUAUCAUAAAACAAAGGUCUGUAUACUAAUUAUGAUAAUAUGGAAAGCCCUUGGACUUCUUGUAGCAUUGUUAAGCUGCUGCAGCAUCUCUACACCACCUUCUCCCAGGCUUUAUGUUGCAUUUUAUAAACUGCUAUGUCAUUAGACAGCUAUAGUCAGGUUUUCUGUUGACUACAGAUAAAUGCAUUCCAAACUGACACAUCUCUCCUCUUCAUGAGUAAGGUUGAUUUAUACAGUUGUCUGACAAGGUCCCAGAUUUUCUAUUUAAGGUGUAUGAGAUGCUUGUCAGAAAAGUAGUUUUGCUUUCCCUUAGCUGUUAUCAAGGGAUGGUUCUCUGAGUUACUGUGGCUGACCUUCUGUCUUCAUUCAGUCAUCUCUCAAUUUGGCUAAUACAAAUAUACACAAAUAAUUGAACUUUCAAAGAAACCUUCUUGGCUAGUAGCAACCCAAAAAGUUGAGUUUUGGAGAAUAGAAUGAGAAAGUGAGCUGAUAAAUGCUAGCUAUACUUUUAAACCUGCACUAGUGGUGUUCUGACCAGCAAUGCAGCAAUCCAGAACACUGGUUUCCCUCUCAGGCAGGGAAGUAGCAGGGCCAAAAUUUUUACUUAGUAAAAUAAAUUGACUAUGAGUCCUAAAAAUCUUUGAGAGGAGAUCAGCAAUCUACAUGUUUUGGUAGAAAAUGCCUGGUGGAAGGAAUAGAAAUUCCUAACAGCCUUUUCAAUAUACAGAGAGAUGUGUUUUGAGACCCCACUGUGUCAGUAGCCAUUACUCCUCUCCAGUCUGACUUUACAAAUACUUCAUUGGUGUGUGUAGAAUUUAAAGGCAUCUCCAAAGGCUUACUACUUAUACCUUUCUUGGAUUCAUCUGGAAUACCUUGAAAAGAGCAUUACUUCCAGUUAUAUGAAAAAUCAAUAAAAAAACCUUAUGAUACAUGAAUGGUAAUGCCUCAAGAAAUUUUAGAACUCCUCAGCUGCACUCAGUGUUUGUGUAUUUGUGUGUAUAUGUGUGUGCAUUUGAGCAUGUCGGGGUGUGGCGUGGUGGAGAAGGUAGCUCUAGUAGAUGGUGGAGGUGCACGCAUGCACAGAUAUAUAACAGAAUAACAUUGGUUUUCCAUACCUUUUUCACAUUGUAAAGAUAGUUCUCAUUUAAUGCAUAAGUGUGUGUAAUAAAAUUGCCAUUAGUAACAUAUUCUAAAGUAGAUUGUGUUUGCAAACUAAACAUAAUUUUCUCUGUGUAAAUUUUCUCUGUGUAAAUUUAACAAUGCCAGCAUUUGUGGAUCAAGAAGUUUGGUAGCCCUCUUGACUUUGAAGGAGCAGCCCAAAGAGGGAACUGUAAAGCAGAUACAGUCAUUUUUUUCCCCAGUGACCUCAGGAAACAAUAAAGUUGACAUCAAGAUGUAACAGGGUUGUAAUUAGGGUGAGGCCAAGUUGUACAAGUGUGGAAUUGGAUCAUGUUUUUAUUUAAAAUUUUGAUAUUUUGUUCAUCAUUAAUUAUUUCAUGAAGUAUGAUUUUUUAGACUAUUGCAUUAAAUGAUAUCUAUCUUUACUAUUAAGUUUUUGGGUGACAUAUUAAUUUUGCUUCUGAGACACAUGCCUUACCCUGGUCCUGGUCCUGUUGGUAGUUUCUAACUUGUAAGUUCAAGUGGGGAUCAUAGCAGUAGUGAUGGUGUUCACAGCUGAAAUCUGAGUGGUGAGAUCUGAAUCAGGUCCCUCUUCAUUUCCAACAUGAGACAGCAGAAGCAGCAGCAAUAGAAGAAUACAAAAAUCCAAGGAGAUCCGAGAAACUGGAGUCCUGCAGGCUGGGGAUGGAAGGGCACCUGUGUGGCUGUGAUUCCUCAGGCAAGCUAUUUAUAUGUUUUUCUCCCAGGCGACAUACAGCAGUGUGAAAAAUGUCUGUUCAGUAGAUUCAAUUUGUUGCUACGUUGUUGAGAACUUUUGCCUCUAUGUUCAUGAGGGAUAUUGGUCUCUAUAUUUUUUCAUUUUAUUCCCUUGUCAGGUUUGGUUUCAUGGUUACACUGGUCUCAUAGAUUGAGUCAACAAUUAUUUAUUCCACCUCUCUUUUAUGAAAGAGUUUGUGUAUAAUAUUUAUUAUUUCUUCUUUGUGUAUAUGAUAGAAACUGCCACAGAAGCCAUCAGUGGCUAACAUUCUCUUUGUGGGGAAAUUUUGAAUUGCAGAUUCAAUUUCUGGAAUAGGUAUGCUGCAGUUCCAGUGUUCUGUUUCUUCUUGUGCCAAUUGGUAACGUGUUUUUUUUUUUAACAUUUUGUCCAUUUUAUCUAAGAUGUUAAUAUUUUGGCUUGAAGUUAUUGAUACUAUUCCUUUAUUAUCUUUUCAAUAUAUUUAAGGUCUAUAGUGGUGCCCCUCUUUCUGAAUAUUAGUAAGUAUGUCUUCUCUCCUUUUAUUUUAUCAGUAGUGCUGUGAGUAUAUCAAUUUUACUAAUCUUUAAAAAAAAACCAAUUCUUGUCUUUGUUAUUUUCCUAUUACUUUCUCUUUUCUGUUUCAUUGAUUUCCACGCAUAUGUUAUUUCUUUUCCUAUACCUACUUAAGCUGUACUUCAUGAAUUUUGAUACAUGGUGAUUUUAUUACCAUUGCUUGACUUUAUCUGUAAUUUCCCUGUUGAUUUCUCAUUUGACCCAUUGCUUAGCUAGAAGUGUUGCUCAAUUUCCAAAUAUCCAGGGCUAUCAUUUGUUUUGGUCUGAGAACAUAUUCUGUUCAAUUUCAAUCCUUUAAAAUUUAUUGAGUUUUGUUGUUUUGUUGUUAUUAUCCAACAUAUGGGUUAUCCUGAUGAGCUCAUGUGUGCUUGAAAUAAAUAUGUGUUGUACGGUUGUGUAUAGUGUUCUAUAAAUAUCAAUUAAACUGAAUUGCUUUGA